UGAAGUAACUGAAGCAAAAUCCUAAUGCCCUCUUUCGGUUGCAACGACCAGAGGAGAGAAGCAUCUGUAGCUCGGUGAAGGGAUCUGCCGUUGGUGAGGCUAUCCGAAGGUCUCUCCUCUCCGUCUCCCCACUGAUUUUCAUCUUGGUAUUCAGUUCAUCUCGUUGUUCCAACUGGUAGACUGUUGUUGCAGCCACCGUCUACGAAGAUGACGCAGAUUAAGUCACGGUGAGCUACUCUUGCAGUGUUCCUUCAAGUGAAUAAGUGAUUGCAAUUAAAUAAAGGACGGGGAGAAUUUAAAAGGCUAAGGCUUUUAGUGCUUUCUUUUUGUAUCUGGUUUCCGAGCUUAAAGCAUGGGAAAAGCUUCAAGAGAUAAGAGGGAUAUCUACUAUCGAAAAGCAAAGGAAGAAGGUUGGCGUGCUCGGAGCGCCUUUAAGCUACUUCAGAUCGAUGAGGAAUUUAACAUCUUUGAAGGAGUGAAGCGUGUGGUCGAUCUUUGUGCAGCACCUGGUAGCUGGAGUCAGGUUUUGAGUCGAAAGUUAUUUCUCCCUGCCAAGUUGUCAUCGGAGCGAAGGGAUUGUGAUCUUCCUCUUAUAGUGGCCAUUGAUUUGCAGCCCAUGGCUCCAAUCGAGGGUGUCAUUCAAGUGCAGGGUGAUAUAACUAAUGCUCGUACAGCUGAACUGGUUAUCAAACACUUUGAUGGAUGCAAGGCUGACCUGGUAGUCUGCGAUGGUGCUCCUGAUGUUACUGGUCUUCAUGAUAUGGAUGAAUUUGUUCAGUCACAGCUAAUCCUUGCUGGUUUAACAAUUGUUACUCAUGUACUUAGAGAGGGUGGAAAAUUUAUUGCAAAGAUAUUUCGAGGCAAAGACACAAGUCUCCUUUACUGCCAGCUGAAAUUAUUUUUUCCAGUUGUCACAUUUGCUAAACCAAAAAGUAGCCGCAAUUCCAGCAUAGAAGCUUUUGUAGUUUGUGAGAAUUAUUCCCCUCCUGAAGGAUUUAAUGAGAAAGAUUUAUAUCGCCUCCUGGAAAUGGUGGGGAGUCCCUCCGGAGCAGAUGACUUGGAUUGCAGUAGUGGAUGGUUGGAAGGGCCAAAUAAGGUGUAUAUUCCAUUUCUGGCUUGUGGAGAUCUCAGUGGUUAUGACUCAGACCGUUCAUACCCCCUCCCAAAUGUUGCAGAAGGAACUUCCUACCAGAGCUUGGAUCCCGUACAACCGCCAAUUGCUCCUCCUUAUAAAAGGGCUCUUGAACUAAAAAAAGCUUUGAGCCAUGGACUUCAAGAGCGAGAUUUUGAAAAGUUAUCACUAGAAUCCUAACUAUGCUAUUGGGAGAGCGUCAGCCAUUGUAAAAGACUUGAGAGAGCCAUCUUGUUGCAUUUCGGCUGAACUUUAAUUGGUGAACUGUUAGGUUUUGUACUAUCUAGCAAAUUAUUAGGGAGGACAGUGGCAGGGAUGAGUAGUCCCCUCGCCCUUUUUUUUCUUCUUUACCAUUGAAUUAAUCAAGCCUUGUGCGUUGGAUACACCCUUUUUUUAACCAUUGAAUUAAUCAAGCGUGUGAUUUAUUAA